UUAGGUGGCGUUCGGCUUUUGCCAUGGAAGAAUCCGGCAAUAACGGGCUGGAAAGUGGCGAAAUGCAUAAUACACAUCCUAAGGACUUCGUAUGCCCCAUCACUUGCAACAUUUUUUAUGAUCCAGUAACUAUAGAGACGGGUCAGACUUAUGAACGAAGUGCUAUUCAAGAAUGGCUUGAUAGAGGGAACUCAACCUGCCCAAUCACUGGACAGAAGCUGCAAAACACCCAACUUCCCAAAACCAAUUAUGUGCUCAAAAGACUGAUUGCAAGUUGGCUGGAGGAGAAUCCUAACUUUGUUACAGAUAAAGCUCUUGAUGAGGCUGACUCCGCGGCUGUUUUGACCUCACCUGUUAGUGUCAUAAGUCAAGCCUCCAUUAACAUAAGUAUGGAGGUGAGGCAUGCAAUUUCCAAUAUCGUUUCUUCUGAAGUUUUGGAGGAGGCAGAAAGUGCUGUGCUUUGUGUUGAGAGGUUUUGGUUGGAAGAGAAUGUGGAUGUGGAGAUUCAAAAUAUGUUGUUGAAGCCUCCUGUAAUCAAUGGACUUGUUGAAAUCCUUAUCAACUCUGUUGAUCUCCAGGUUUUGAGAGCCACAAUUUUUCUCCUAUCAGAGCUGGGAUUCAAGGAUGCUGCUGUCAUUCAAACGCUCACCCGGGUUGAGUCGGAUGUAGACUGUAUUGUGACACUUUUCAAAAGUGGUUUAAUGGAGGCUGUUGUGUUGAUAUAUCGGUUUGGACUUUCCAUCCAGCGUCUACAAGAGAUGGACUUGGCCGGUUCCCUUUUGAAUGUUGUUAAGAAGAAAGAAGAUGGGAAUAAGAUGCAAUUGAGCCCAAAAUCUGCUGCGGUGAUUUUACUUAGAAAGAUUUUGGGAAGGAGUAAAGAAGGAUCUCUGAUUGCUGUUGCUGUGCUUGCUGAAAAUGCAAUUGAAAGUAUUUUAGUUAGUUUAAAAGCCAAGCAGGUAGAGGAGAGGAUUGCUGCAGUUGGGAUCUUGCUAAGAUGCAUUCAAGAGGACGGGAAGUGCAGAAAUAUGAUGGCUGAUAAAGCUGACUUAGCUCCAAUUUUGGGAAGCUUCAUGGAAGUGAGUAACGACGAACAAUUUGAGAUCAUUAUGUUUCUCUCUGAGUUAGUUAAGUUAAACAGGAGGACUUUCAAUGAACAAAUUCUUCAAAACAUAAAGGACGGAGGUGAAUGCAGUACCAUGCACUCCCUUUUGGUAUAUUUGCAGACUGCCCCCAGAGAUCAAUGCCCUGUUGUGGCUGGUUUUCUGCUACAACUUGAUAUCUUGGUCGAACCAAGAAAGUCGAGUAUAUAUCGUGAAGAAGCAAUGGAUGUUCUUUUAUCAUGCCUUGGAAAUUCUGACUUUCCAACAGCUCAAAUUUCAGCAGCUGAGACGAUUAUGUCUUUACAAGGGAGGUUUAGUACAUCCGGAAGACCCUUAGCUAGGUAUGUUCUUCUUGAACGUGUUGGAUUUGCGAAAGGUUGCAUGAAACCCAAACGAAGAGAUAAUAAUAGCAGUGGUCCUGGAGACGUUGAACUUUCAAUAAAGGCAGAAGAGAGAGCAAAUGAUGAAUGGGAAAGAAAGAUGGCAUUUGUACUUGUGAGCCAUGACUUUGGCUUGUUGUUUGAGCCAUUGGCAAAAGGCUUAAAGAGCAAAUAUGCCGCGUUAUUUUCUGCUUGCUUUGUCUCUGCCACAUGGCUCAGUCAUAUGCUCAAGGUUCUUCCAGACAUGGGGAUUCUAGACGCUGCUCGAGUUUGCUUGCUUGACCACUUUGUAUCGAUUUUCAUAACAACAACGGAUAUCGAAGAGAAAGCACUUGCCUUGCUAGGAAUGAACAGUUUCGUACACCAACCAGAAGGACUGCAGUACCUAAGUUCCAACAUGAAAGAUAUCAUGAGAGGUCUCAAGGAACUUAGGAGAUCAACAGCAUUGGCCUUUGAAAUGCUAAAAGUUCUUUGUGAGGGAGAAGAGUCAAGUGCCGAACUCUGGAGUCAUCAAGAGUUGUUUCUUGUAGAUUGCAGUAAAAAUGGAGAAGUGCUAUCAAUUGCUUAUUUCAAAGAAAAAAUCAUUUCUGGCCAUUCUGAUGGAACAAUCAAGGUCUGGUCUGUUGGAGGAACUAAUCUUCAUCUCCUACAAGAAACUCAAGAACACUCCAAGGGAGUCACCAGUCUAGCAAUUAUAGAAUCCGAAGAAAAACUAUACAGUGGCUCUUUAGACAAGACCAUUAAGGUAUGGUCUUUAGGUAGUGAUGUAAUCCAAUGUAUACAAGUUCAUGAUGUGAAGGAUCAAGUUCAUAAUUUAGUCGUUUCAAAGACCAUUGCUUGCUUCAUCCCACAUGGAGCUGGUAUCAGGGUUUAUUCAUGGGGUGAGGAAUCGAAGUUACUAAACUCAAACAAACAUGUCAAGUGUUUGAAUCUUGUGCGUGGAACACUUUACUGUGGAUGCCAUGAUAGUAGCAUCCAGGAGGUCGAUUUGGCUACAGGAACCGUAAGUUACAUCCACAUUGGUUCAAGAAAAUUACUGGGAAAGCCCAAUAUCGUUCAGUCACUUCAAAUGUACGACGAACAAUUAUUUUCAGCCAGCACUACUUUAGAUGGUGCAGCUGUGAAGAUUUGGAGUAUGUCAAACAACAGUGUGAUUGCAACACUGUCAACUGCAAUGGAUAUAAGGACUAUGGCUGUAAGCUCAGAUCUAACUUACUUAGGAGGCAGAGGAGGAGUGGUUGAAAUCUGGGGUAGGGACAAGCUCAACAAAAUAGACGCACUUCAAACUGGUAGAAUCUGCAAGGUUGCUUGUAUGACACUCAACGAAAGGGAGGAUGUUCUUGUCAUUGGAACAUCUGAUGGUCGAAUUCAGGCUUGGGGACUGUGACAGAAAGGAGGGGAUGAGCUUGAAGAACAUUAAACAGUAUGCUUUUGAUAGAAGUGUAUACAGCAAAAAUGAAAUAUGUGAUGUAUUGGUGUUGAAAAAUGUAUAUACUUACAGACAGAAGAGCUUGCUGGUGCAGCCAUGGGUAAGCAAAAUUGCUUCCAGAAUGAAUGAAACUGAGCCAAAGAU